AUGGCCAAGAGACGAACAAAAAGACGAACCCAUGCGGGCGCAAAUAACCCUGCCACGCCGGCAGUGGUCAACGGCCAUGCCGACACGCGCAACCCGAAGAGCAUGGUUAUUCGCAUUGGCGCUGGCGAGGUCGGAACGAGUGUCAGUCAGCUAGCCACCGACGUCCGGCGCGUCAUGGAGCCCGGCACAGCAUCGCGGUUGAGGGAGAGAAAGGCCAAUCGGCUUCGCGACUACGUUACCAUGUGCGGACCGCUUGGGGUCACCCACCUCAUGCUGUUUUCCAGAUCAGAGACGGGAAACACGAAUCUGCGGCUCGCCAUUGCGCCCCGUGGCCCUACAUUCCAUUUCCGAGUAGAGAAAUACUCGCUCAGCAAAGACGUAAUGAGGGCCCAAAGGCGCCCUCUGGGCGGUGGAAAAGAAUAUCUCACCCCCCCACUGCUGGUCAUGAACAACUUCACGACGCCCACCUCGGAUGCCAAAUCCAAAGUUCCGAGGCAUCUCGAGUCCCUCAUCACCACCGCCUUCCAGUCACUCUUUCCCCCAAUCAACCCACAGGCAACGCCUCUCAAGUCAAUACGGAGGGUAUUGCUGCUCAGCCGAGAGGCAUCUUCCGAGGACGAUGGAUCGUUCGUUGUGAAUUUCCGGCACUACGCUAUCACCACCAAGACGGCUGGGCUUUCGAAGCCAUUGAAACGGUUGGAUGCGGCGGAAAAGCUGAUAAAGACCCGGAAGGGUGGAAAGGGCGGUCUUCCCAACCUUGGCAGCCUCCAGGACAUCUCGGAGUUCAUGAUUGGUGGUGCAAACGGGGACGGCUAUAUGACGGACGGUACAAGUGGAAGCGAGGCUGACACGGACGCUGAAGUCGAGAUCCUCGAGAGCGGGCCGAGGAAGGUCCUGAGCGCAAAGGCCAGGGCCACUGCGGCGCUGUUAGAGUCGACCGAGGAUGCGGAUAGGAAUGACAAUGUCGAGCGCCGUGCAGUAAAGCUGGUAGAGCUCGGGCCCCGCAUGCGCCUGCGCAUGACCAAGGUCGAGGAGGGAAUAUGCUCAGGCAAGAUCUUGUGGCACGAAUACAAGGUCAAGUCCAGGCAGGAGAUGAAGGAAAUGGAGCAGAGGUGGGAGAAGCGCCUAAAAGAGAAGGAAGCCCGCAAGAAGCAGCAGAAGGAGAACGUGGAGAAGAAACGGAAGGAAAAGGCCGACAGCAGGAAACCAAACAGCGCCAAGACAAAGGGGGAUGACGAGGACGAGGACAUGGACGAUUACGAUAGCGACAUGUACGACAAUGGGUUCGACAGUGAGGGCCUGGAGGGUGACGCGGAAGAGCAAGUCAAUGCCAAGCUCGAAGAGGACGGCAAGUGGGAGGACGAGGAGGAAGAGAUUGCUGAUGGCAAAAGUGCCAAGACGCGCUCUCUCAAGGCUUGA